UUCAAACACUCCUGGCUCUGUGGACCGGUCGUCGCUGCCGUUGCACAGUGCGGAGGCGGCGGAGCGGAGCGGAGCCGAGCUGGGCGAUCCGCGAGGAGUGGGCGAGGCCAGAUAGAUCGGGCGGAGUAGAUCGACCUCGCGCCGGUCAUCAUGACGAAGGUGACGGGGGACGGGAAGAUCCACGACGAGGGGAUGGCGUUGCGCAAGGCCGAGGAAGCCGCUGCGCGGAGGUGCGAGGCGGCGCGAUGGCUGCGGCAGAUGGAGCCGGUGGCGGUAGAGUCCCUGCCGGAGAGGCCGUCUGAGGAGGAGUUCUGCGCGGCGCUGCGCAACGGCCUUGUCCUCUGCAACGUCCUCAACCGCGUCAAUCCUGGCGCAGUCCCCAAGGUGGUGGAGAAUCCCGUCGUCACGGUGCAAACUUUCGAUGGGCCGGCACAGUCUGCGAUUCAAUACUUCGAGAACAUGAGAAACUUCCUUGUUGCAGUUAGCGCGAUGAACCUAUUGACGUUUGAAACUUCUAACAUAGAGAAGGGUGGUUCAUCAAUGAAAGUUGUCGACUGCAUACUUUGCCUCAAGGGAUACCACGAGUGGAAGCUCUCAGGUGGGAUCGGUAUAUGGCGGUAUGGUGGCAUCGUUAAGAUUGCACCCUCAAGCAAAAGGCCGGCUUCACAUUCAUCCAGGGGUGGAGGCUCGGACCAACAAAUGCUGGAAUUUGUGCAUCUUCUCUCCGAGGUCUCCCUUGAGGAAUCCAGAGUUGCAGAAGCUCAGCAUUCCCUUUUCCAGCACUUCGUUCUUCGAGUUGUGCGGGCAUUCCUUCUGGAAUGGGGUGAACCUGAAGAUUUACCUCUCGAUGAUAUGGUCAUUGAAACAGUACUCGAGCAAGCUUGUAAAGAAUUUACCAUUCUGCUCGCUUCUCAUCGAAAUCAGGUCAGGUCACUUCUAAGGAAGAUGAUGAAGGAUGACAGUGGAACUCUAUCUAAAUUGGAUUUGAUUGAAGCAAUUUCAAAAUGUCUGAAGGAUAACAGUGAGUGCUUAUUCUCUUCAUUGCGAUUACCGAGUGGCAACCGCGAACACUUGGAUGAUGGGGGAGUACUUGAAAGCCAAGAAGAAGAGCUGGAGAAGUUAAAGAUGUCAUUCAAUGAGAUGAAGCUUCAAGUUGAGUCUACCCGCGCUGACUGGGAAGAAGACUUGAGGAGGCUAGAAAGCUACUUUGAGGCUCAGAACCAUAACGCCUACCACAAGUUGCUUGAAGAAAAUCGCAAGCUGUACAAUCAAGUACAAGAUCUUAAAGGUAGCAUUAGAGUGUACUGCAGAGUGAAACCUUUCCCGAAGAUGCAAUCUGACCAAAGGUCUACUGUUGAUCAUAUUGGGGAAAACGGAGAAAUCAUGAUCGCGAAUCCUCAAAAGAAAGGGAAGGAUGGACCGAAGAUAUUUGCGUUCAACAAAAUAUUUGGCCCUAAUGCUUCACAAUCUGAAGUUUUUGCUGAUACCCAACCAUUGAUUAGAUCAGUGAUGGAUGGCUACAAUGUUUGCAUAUUUGCAUAUGGUCAAACGGGGUCUGGAAAAACUUACACAAUGAGCGGUCCAGAUGUAACAGCAGAGGAAACCUGGGGUGUGAACUAUCGAUCGCUGAAUGACCUGUUUGAAAUUUCUCAAACCAGAGCAGAUUCCGUCACAUAUGAUGUGAAAGUUCAGAUGAUUGAAAUAUACAAUGAACAAGUGAGGGAUUUAUUAAUGACUGACGGUGCAAACAGAAGAUUAGAGAUACGUAACAACUCUCAUGUAAAUGGACUCAACAUCCCAGAUGCAAAUAUAGUGCCCGUGAAGUGUGCACAAGAUGUUUUGGAUCUGAUGAAAGUUGGUCAGAGAAAUCGAGCUGUUGGAUCAACUGCUCUUAAUGAACGAAGUAGCCGCUCGCACAGUGUGUUGACAGUUCAUGUACAAGGAAAGGAGGUAAUUUCUGGCUCAACUCUAAGAGGGUGCCUUCAUCUGGUGGAUCUCGCGGGCAGCGAGAGGGUAGACAAGUCUGAAGCCACUGGAGAAAGACUAACUGAAGCCAAGCACAUAAACAAAUCACUAUCCGCACUUGGUGAUGUUAUAGCUGCACUUGCCCAAAAGAGUUCCCAUGUUCCAUACAGAAAUAGCAAACUGACACAAGUACUGCAGGAUGCCUUAGGUGGUCAGGCAAAGACAUUGAUGUUUGUGCAUGUGAACCCUGAAACAGACGCCUUUAAUGAAACAAUGAGCACCCUGAAAUUCGCUGAGCGUGUAGCCACAAUAGAACUUGGUGCAGCUCGUGUUAACAAGGAAGCAGGUCAGGUCAAAGACCUAAAGAAUGAGAUUGCUAAGCUGAAAUUGGCAUUAGACGAUAAGGAACGUGAAGCAACACAGUUUAAAGAUCUUGCUAACCGUGCGGCAUCUGAGAUCAGAAAUGCCAGAACACGAUCACCUUUAACCAGCAACUUGUCCUUGAAACCUGAAACUGGUCAGGAAUCCAGUGUAGACACUUGUGGAAGUGAGAUAAGAAGCUCAUCAUCUGGAAAACAGAGAAGGUUCCGCUCUCCGUUGUCAAUGAGAGAGCUGGACGAGAAGUCACCUGUCCUCAGCAGGGAAAUAUACCUGAGCGCGUGGAAGUUUAAGACUCCAUCUCCUCCGGUGAGAAGUUCACUGUCUGCUGAAAGAGUCAGCAUUGCUAAAAGUGUGGAGAACACGGGAAGCAUCGAUUGUACUCCUAUAUCAAAGGUUGAAGUGCCUGCAAAAGCACUGCACAGCAGCUCGAGGAACACACCUUCAUCCGUUCUGACAGCUCAAAGUCUACGGAAAUUCCGGGACUCGGAGGAGAACAGAAGCAAAAUUCCGUCUGUCCGGCAAAGCAUGACAAAGAACAGGUCCGACAGUACGCCGAAGCAAACGGCAAACAGACACUCGGGUACCAAAGUUAGGUCAGAGACCAAGAACACCAGGGACUCAUCCGAAAUCGAAAACGAGUUCGCAAGCGAUGAGCCCACCUUCCACUUCAACCGGAAGGCGAAGAAGUUACCGACGCAUGCGACAAGACAGUCCCAGAACGUUGAUCUUAGGGCCUCUGUCCGGGAGAUGGAGCCUCUGACCGAAGGGAGGCAACGUCGGAACUGGAGCAAGCCGCCGUACGCCGAGCGGAACAACAUCCCCUUGCCAGACAUCCGGCGCAGCGCCUCCCUGCCCCGCGGCAAGCUCGCUCUCGCAUGAUUCUGGCUAGUUUCUUGUGGCCCGAUCCGUAGCCUCUACGGCUUGGUGCGUGUGAUUGAGUUCAAACCCCCGUGUCGUUGUUGUAAUACUCGGGAAAUUUUCGGAAAUUCAGUUGUUGAUCACGGGUCCCACGUGAGGGUAAAGUUUGUCUUUUGAUCUGUCGCUUAGAUGGAAAA